AUGGCCGCCGUGCCCCGCCGCCUCGCGCUGCUCCCGGGCCUGGCGCUGCUCCUGGCCGCCGCCGCCGCCUCCGCCGCCUCGGACGUGCUGGAACUCACGGACGACACCUUCGACAGCCGCGUCGCCGACACGGGCUCCGCCGGCCUCAUGCUCGUCGAGUUCUUCGCGCCGUGGUGCGGACACUGCAAGAGGCUCGCCCCUGAAUAUGAAGCUGCUGCCACCAGACUCAAAGGAAUAGUCCCGUUAGCAAAGGUUGAUUGCACCGCCAACUCCAACACCUGUAACAAAUAUGGAGUCAGCGGCUAUCCCACUUUGAAGAUCUUCAGGAACGGCGAAGAAUCCGGUGCCUAUGAUGGGCCCAGGACAGCAGAUGGGAUCGUCAGCCACUUAAAGAAGCAGGCGGGACCCGCCUCCAUUUCCCUCCAGUCCGACGAUGAGUUUGAGAAGUUCAUCAGUGACAAAGAUGCUUCUGUGGUGGGCUUCUUCAGAGAUCUCUUCAGUGAGGCCCAUUCAGAGUUCUUGAAAGCCGCCAGCAACCUGAGGGACAACUAUCGUUUUGCACACACUGGUCAGGAGAAGCUUGUGAAGAAGUAUGAACCUGAUGGAGAAGGGAUAACCCUGUUCCGACCCUCGCGCCUGGCCAACAAGUUUGAGGACAACACUGUGAGGUACACGGAGGACAAGAUAACCAGCGGCAAAAUUAAGAAAUUCAUCCAGGAGAACAUUUUUGGAAUCUGCCCUCACAUGACAGAAGACAACAAAGAUUUGAUCCAGGGCAAAGACCUGCUUAUAGCCUACUAUGAUGUGGACUAUGAGAAGAAUGCUAAGGGUUCCAACUACUGGCGCAACAGGGUGAUGAUGGUGGCUCGAAAAUUCCUGGACGCUGGGCAGAAACUCAACUUCGCCGUGGCUAGCCGCAAGACAUUCGGCCACGAGCUUUCCGAAUUUGGCUUGGACAGCACCACUGGAGAGGUUCCCGUUGUGGCUAUCAGGACUGCCAAAGGAGAGAAGUUUGUCAUGCAGGAGGAGUUCUCGCGCGACGGGAAGGCGCUGGAGAGGUUCCUGCAGGAUUACUUCGAUGGCAACCUGAAGAAGUACCUCAAGUCGGAGCCUGUCCCGGAGAACAACGACGGGCCCGUGAAGGUGGUGGUAGCUGAGAACUUUGAUGAAAUCGUGAACGACGAAGACAAAGACGUCCUGAUUGAAUUUUAUGCCCCCUGGUGUGGCCACUGCAAGAACCUGGAGCCCAAGUACAAAGAGCUGGGAGAGAAGCUCAGUAAAGACCCUAACAUCGUCAUAGCCAAGAUGGACGCCACCGCUAAUGACGUGCCUUCGCCGUAUGAAGUCAGAGGCUUCCCUACCAUCUACUUCUCUCCAGCCAACAAGAAGCAAAGUCCAAAGAAAUACGAGGGGGGCCGUGAGUUGAGCGACUUCCUGAGCUACCUGCAGCGAGAAGCGACAAACCCGCCCGUGAUACAAGAGGAAGAGAAGCCCAAGAAGAAGAAGAAGGCACAGGAAGAUCUCUAAAGCAACAGCCAAACACCCUUUUUAAAAGGAGCUGAACUUUUCCAGCAGGGACAGACGGCAGCGGGGAGGGCCGGGGCCCCGCUCGGGGGAGUGACCUCGGGCACGCCGUGGAUGUAAUUAGAAUCUGUUUAAUUUUCUCUGAGCUGUUUCUUAGCCCGCACUGUCAAUGGAAACACCAGGACCAGUUGAUGUUUAUGGUUUUGGGGGAGGGGGAGCAUUUGUGUUGGGAGAAUGUUGGGAUGGGGGGAGGCUGGGGGUUAUUUUCUAAUUUUUUUUGUACAUUUGGAGCAGUGGAAAUAAAUGAGCCCCCUCUAA